AUGGCAGGCUCUGACGACACAGCUGAGGUGCCCAUCCCAUCUCAAACCCCUAACCCUACUCCUGGUCUUCCACAAGUGGCACCAAACCCUGGUAUCACCAUUUCUCUGCUCGAAAGAUCACUUCCACUUUCCUGCCGGGGUUCCCUCCCUUUGCCAAAUAGCAGUCGCCCUGUAGUAAGAGCCAGGGUUGCACAUAAAUUUAGCAAUCUCUUAAGAGAAGUUAAAGAUGUUCUUAAAAAUAUAGCAGACUUUGAAGAGAAGACUACAGAAGUCAGAGAACCUUUUGAUGAUGCCAGCACUUCUCAAGACAUGUCAGAACCUGGAAAGUUCAGAGGAUCUGAGAGAAGGAGUACAAUUCGACUGAAAAACCUGCUCAUUGGUUUAGACUGAGAGAGAGAACAGAAUGCCAAGAAACAGAAGAUGACACUGAAACACAAGAACAGUAAGAACACAGUGCAAUGGUAUGCUAGGGAUCUGGGCAGUUCAGAAGAGAUGAGAGGCUUUAAUGAAACGCAGCUGAGUAUGGAAACGGGAAGAUACGGAUCCUAUCAUGUCCAUGGAGAAUGUAGAAAACUCAGGAACAACAUGGAUCACUUGCUCCAAGAAGCAGAUCACUGGAAUAAACAGCACAGAGAGCUCAGUGAACUAAUGAAGUUGUUUCAGAAAUCCCAGAAAGAAGGAGGAGAAAUUCUUGAAAACAAUGGAGCCUACUUCCAAAUCCAGCCAAAUAAUGAAGUGUCAACUAAACAGGAUCUGGAGGCUCAGGUGAGGAAGCUGAGCCAGGACACACACUUGCUGCAUUUGAUCUCGACCCUGCUGGAGAACGAAUGCCGGAUUUUACAGCAGAGAGUCGAGAUACUCAGUGAAUUACAUCUCCUCGAAACUGGAACCUUGCAGGAGAAGCCGACGCAAGUACUCUGUGAGCAGGACAGGAAGAAUCAGAAAUCAGUGGAAGCAGACAAAGUAGAAAGUAAUAAGCAGACUGUGCAAGAAAGAGAAGGCACGACUCACAGGAAAGAGAAGGUCUACAGGAGCUCUGAUGCUUGCCUUAGCAAGAAAGCUCAGAAUAACCGCUUCAACUCUCAUAUCGCAAGAAGAGCGCUCAUAGGGAGGACAGUCAGCAGCUUCCUAUAG